AUGUCGACCGCCGACGAGCUCAAGGCCUUGGGCAACAAGGCCAUCGCGGCCAAAAACUUUGACGACGCGAUCGACAAGUUCACGCAAGCCAUUGCUAUCGACCCAACCAACCACAUCCUCUACAGCAACCGUUCUGCCGCAUACGCCUCCAAGAAGGAGUGGGACAACGCGCUGAACGAUGCCUCAAAAACAACGGAGUUGAAGCCCGACUGGCCGAAGGGAUGGGGCCGGAAGGGCACAGCGUUGUACGGGAAGGGCGACCUCCUGGGGGCCCACGAUGCGUACGAGGAGGGACUGAAGAUCGACCCGAACAACGCCGGCAUGAAGAAUGACUUGGCGUCGGUGAAGCGAGCGAUGGAGCAGGAUGCGGGUGGACCUGCUGGCGGAUUUGACCCGACCGGUGGCCUCGGCAACAUGUUCAAGGAUCCCAACCUAAUCCAAAAGCUCGCGAGCAACCCCAAGACAAGCUCCCUGCUGGCCGACCCAAGUUUCAUGGUCAAGUUGCAGGCUGUGCAACAAAACCCAAACAACAUGCAGGAUCUGUUCAGCGAUCCCAGGAUGAUCCAGGUCCUCGGGGUGUUGAUGGGUGUCGACAUGGAAGUUCGCGAUUCCCCGCCCGCCGGCGCGACCGAUGUGUCUGGCUCUCGGGUUGAAGCGGAAGAGGACGUGCCGAUGCCGGAUGUCAGUGGUAAGAAGCCUGAGCCAGCAAAGAAAGCGCCGGAGCCGGAGCCAGAGCCGGAAGAGCUAGACGAGGAGGCCAUCGAGAAGAAGAAGGCAAAGGAAGCGGCCGAUAAGGAGAAGGCCCUAGGAACCGAAAACUACAAGAAACGCAACUUUGACGAAGCGAUCAAGCACUACCAGGCCGCGUGGGAUCUUCACCAGGACAUCGUCUACCUCAACAACCUCGGCGCCGCCUACUUCGAGAAGGGCGACUAUCAGGCUUGCAUCGACACCUGCACCAAGGCUGCUGAGGAAGGCCGCAACCUUUACGCUGACUUUAAGGUUAUCGCCAAGUCGUACGCCCGCAUUGGUAGCGCGUACGAGAAGAAGGGAGAGUUGGCGGAGGCUAUUGACUUUUACAACAAGUCCCUGCGUGAACACCGCACGGCUGACGUGCUAAACAAGGUACGGGCCGCGGAACGCAACAAGAUCGAGGCGGCGCGUCAGGCGUACAUCGACCCGGCCAAGGCAGAAGAAGCACGCGAGACGGGAAACAAGAAGUUCAAAGAGUCCGACUGGCCGGGGGCGGUGGCGGCGUACAGUGAGAUGAUCAAGCGAGCCCCUGAGGAUCCUCGCGGGUACAGCAACCGCGCAGCCGCUUUCAUCAAGCUGCUCGAGUUCCCUAGUGCGCUCGAUGACUGCGAUACGGCCAUUAAGAAGGACGCCAAAUUUAUCCGCGCGUACAUCCGCAAGGCUCAGGCUUACUUCGGCAUGCGUGAGUACAGCAAGUGCGUUGAUGCCUGCACCGAGGCGCUUACCAUCGACACGGAACACCACAACGGUGCCAACGCGAAGGAGAUUGAGCAGCAGCAACAGAAGGCGUUUGGUGCUAUGUACUCGGCGCGCGAGAACGAGACCGAAGAGCAAACCCGUGAGCGCCUGACGCGGGAUCCUGAGAUCAUGAGCAUCAUGCAAGACCCAGUGAUGAAUGCCAUUCUCCAGCAGGCCCAAUCGGACCCUGCCGCCCUGCAGGAGCACAUGCAAAACCCUAAUGUCCGCAGCAAGAUCCAGAAGCUGAUUGCCGCCGGCGUUAUUCGCGUGGGCCGGUAA